UGCGGAGGGACGGAGGGGGAGGGCCUGGGAGCCGCGCAUGCAGCGCUGCCAGAGCCGGAGCCCGAACCCGAACCUGAACCCGAGCUCGGGAGCGCCGAGCCCGGCUGGGGACCCCUCCUGCCCAUGGAGCAGGCUUUCACCAUGACCGAGCCCCGGGCCCCUGUAGACCACGGAGUCCAGAUUCGCUUCAUCACAGAGCCAGAGGGUGCUACAGAGAUGGGCACCCUCCGUCAUGGGGGGCGACGCCCAGCUAAAGAUGCAAGAGCCAAUACCUAUGGGGUCGCUGUGCGUGUGCAGGGCAUCGCUGGGCAGCCCUUUGUGGUGCUCAAUAGUGGAGAGAAAGGUGGCGGUGACUCCUUUGGGGUCCAAAUCAAGGGGGCCAACAACCAAGGGGCCCCGGGCGCUCCGAGCUCUGACUCCGAACUCCCUGAGAAGCCCUACUCUCGGGCCAGGGAGUUUCUUGGCCGCUCGCAGGACAGCAUGUCUGAUGAGGAGGCCGGGGCCCGCUGGCAUGGGAGGCUUCACCGCUCCCAGUCCCAGGCCUCACUGACAGGCCCUGCCCCCAUGGGGCAGGGCAACAGGAGCACUAGCCUGCUGGAGCUGGCCCCCCAGGGAGCUCCUCCAGGGGGCACCAUUGACACUGCUCCCCUGUCUUCAGUGGACUCGCUCAUCAACAAGUUUGAUAGUCGCUAUGGGGGCCAGGCCCGGGGCCGCACUGGCCGCCGCAUGCGUUCCGUGGCCCCUGAGCAGCGCAAGCGGAGUCAGAGCCUGGACAACCGGCUCCCACGGGACACCCACGAGGAGCGGGAGCGCCGGUCCCCCACCCCCUGGAGCCCUAGCCCAAAGCAGGACAGCCACCUGGGCAGCUUGAAACAGCUGGCCCAGAGUCAGAGCCCCCCCAGUGGCUUCAGCCGGUCCCGUCAGACCCACGACUGGGUCCUUCAGAGUUUUGAAGAACCACGAGGGAGGACACUGGAACCCACCGUGCUGCAGUUCAAGUCAACGCCGGACCUUCUCCGAGACCAGCAGGAGGCAGCCCCACCAGGCAGUGUGGACCACGUGAAGGCCACCAUCUACGGCAUCCUCAGGGAGGGAAGCCCAGAAACGGAAACCUCCGUGAGGAGGAAGGUCAGUUUGGUGCUGGAGCAGCUGCAGCCUCUGGUGAUGGCUGCUUCCGGUUCCUCUAAGACCCUGGCAGGGCAGGGCGAACUUACCCGACAAGUGGAGGAACUACAGCAAAAGCUGGACGAAGAGGUGAAGAAACGGCAGAAGCUAGAACCAUCCCGGGCUGGGCUGGAGCGGCAGCUGGAGGAGAAGAUGGAAGAAUGCAGCCGACUGCAGGAGCUGCUGGGGAGGAAGAUGGGGGAGGCCCAGCAGAGCAGCAAGGAGCUCCAGAGCAUGAAGCUCCGCCUGGACCAAGGUGAGAGGGUGCGACAUGGGCUGGAGGCCCAGGUGAUGGAGCUGCAGGACAAGCUGAAACAGGCCCAGGGUCCUGAGCCCGCUAAGGAGGUGCUAAUGAAGGACCUGAUAGAGACCCGGGAACUUCUGGAAGAGGUCUUGGAGGGGAAACAGCGGGUAGAGGAGCAGCUGAGGCUGCGGGAGCGCGAGUUGACAGCCCUGAAGGGGGCCCUGAAGGAGGAGGUGGCCUCCCGGGACCAGGAGGUGGAGCGUGUCCGGCAGCAGUGCCAGCGGGACGCAGAGCAGCUUCGCAGGAGUGUGCAAGACGCAGCCCAGGACCAUGCAGUCUUAGAGGCUGAGAAGCAGAAGAUGUCAGCCCUGGUGCGGGGGCUGCAGCGGGAGCUGGAGGAGACCUCAGAGGAGACAGGACAUUGGCAGAGCUUGUUCCAGAAGAACAAGGAGGAGCUUCGAACCACCAAGCAGGAACUUCUGCAGCUGCGGAUGGAGAAGGAGGAGAUGGAAGAGGAGCUCGGGGAGAAGAUCGAGUUCUUGCAAAGGGAAUUAGGGCAGGCCCGAGCUGAUGCCGCAGAUUCUCGCCAGGUAGACGAGCUCAAGAAGCCCAUCUACUCGCCUCCAAGUGGCCAGAGCCCAAGCUUUGCCUCCACUCAGUCCAACCCCCUCUCCCAGGCAGAGAAGCAGCGGCUAGAGGAGGCCCUGAAUGCUGCUGAGGAAGAGGAAGGGGGCCUGGCCGCAGCCAAGCGUGCACUGGAGGCACGGCUGGAUGAGGCCCAGCGGGGGCUGGCCCGCAUGGGCCAGGAGCAGCAGGCACUGAGCCGGGCUCUGGAGGAGGAGGCCAAGCAGCGGGAGGCCCUCCGGCGGGGCAAGACGGAGCUGGAGGAGCAGAAGCGCUUGCUGGACAGGACGGUGGAACGCCUGAACAAGGAGCUGGGGCAGAUUGGGGACGACUCGAAGCUAGCUCUGCAGCAGCUGCAAGCCCAGCUGGAGGACUACAAGGAAAAGGCCCGACGGGAGGUGGCAGAUGCCCAGCGCCAGGCCAAGGAGUGGGCUAGUGAGGCUGAGAAGACCUCGGGGGGAGUGAGCCGGCUUCAGGAUGAGGUCCAGAGGCUGCGACAGGCCCUGCAGGCAUCGCAGGCCGACAGGGACACAGCCCGGCUAGACAAGGAGCUGCUGGCCCAGCGGCUGCAGGGGCUGGAGCAAGAGGCAGAGAACAAAAAACGCUCCCAGGAUGACAGGACCCGGCAACUCAAGGGCCUUGAGGAAAAAGUCUCACGCCUGGAGGCGGAGUUAGACGAGGAGAAGAACACGGUGGAGCUGCUGACCGACCGGGUGAAUCGUGGCCGGGACCAGGUGGACCAGCUGAGGACAGAGCUUAUGCAGGAGAGGUCUGCUCGGCAGGACCUGGAGUGUGACAAAAUCUCCCUGGAGAGACAGAACAAGGACUUGAAGAGCCGGUUGGCCAGCUCAGAAGGCUUCCAGAAGCCCAACACCAGCCUCUCUCAGCUUGAGUCCCAGAAUCGGGAGUUGCAGGAGCGGCUGCAGGCUGAAGAGAGGGAGAAGACAGUUCUGCAGUCCACCAACCGAAAACUAGAGCGGAGGGUGAAAGAGCUGUCCAUCCAGAUUGAUGACGAGCGGCAGCAUGUCAAUGACCAGAAGGACCAGCUAAGCCUGCGGGUGAAGGCUUUGAAGCGGCAGGUGGAUGAAGCAGAAGAGGAAAUUGAGCGAUUGGACAGCCUGAGAAAGAAGGCCCAGCGUGAGCUGGAGGAGCAGCAUGAGGUCAACGAACAGCUCCAGGCCCGGAUCAAAACCUUAGAGAAGGACUCCUGGCGCAAAGCUUCCCGCUCAGCUGCCGAGUCAACCCUCCAACAUGAAGGGCUGAGCUCAGAUGAGGAAUUCGACAAUGCCUACGAUCCUUCCUCCAUUGCAUCACUGCUUACGGAGAGUAACCUGCAGACCAGCUCCUGUUAGCUCAUGGUCCACAAGGGCCCAGAAGCCACGGCUGGAGGCCUCUCCUAGCCAGCCCUCCUCUGCCCUGCCCAGAUUCCUCCUUCCUGUGGGAGACCUGAUUGUUCAGACCUGAGACAGGGAGGGGUGUGAGUGAUGGCGAUAAAAGGGCAUCAGUGCUAAGCCAGUAGGCGGACUUUCUUUUUCCUCUGGAGGAGUGGGUCUUUUCAAGCCAACUGCACCCUUCCCUUAAGUGCCGAGUCCUCCCUCUUCUCCCUCACAGCGGAAGGAUGAUCAGCAUCUAGGCUGAGAGAGCAGGACAGGAAGGGAGAGAAAUUGCCAUGUAUGUAAAGCUUUAUUUGUUUGCCCUUAACCCUCAGGCUCAGGGAAAUAAAUACCCUCGGUGAUUCUGUCCCUUUGACUCUUGCAACCCGCUUCUCUCCCACCCUGGAACAUGGUGAGGGGAACGUAACGGGUGACGGACACGCUGGCGUGGCUCUACCCGCUCCUCGAUGCUCCUCUUUGCACAGCCAUGGGGCCCAUGUGGCAGUCCCCACCCCCCUCCAUUCCUGUUUUUUUCCUCUUCCCUAAGCCAGUGGAUCCAGGGGACCCUUCCUCCUUUCCUUCCCAUCUUUGCCAUUCCUACCUUCCUUCUUUCCUCUCAGUGCCUUAGCCACGGCGAGGAGAUGAGGAUGCUCGUCUUGCCUUUUAUACCUGCACAUUCAUACCUCUCCAAGGACCAGCCUUUCCCUAGCUGGGGCCCUCAGCCUUCCUGCGGCCCCGGUGACUGGUCAACAAAACUACUGGCUUCUCUGCUGCUUAGCCCCUGGGAGAGGGACUUGGUAGCGCCAUGAUGAGGUGGUGGGGGCUUGGUUCUGCUCAGGGUUUCCAUCCUUCCUCCUCUCCUCCUGUGACUAUGGAUGUGUUUAUAAGGCGUUUGCACUUGGGAACCCUGACAACUGUCUACACAAGAUGAAAAGCAAAGGUUCCAGUCCCUGUGGCCUUCCUCGUGGCUUCUCUGACCAGAUGUGCCCAUCCUCAGCGGGGAACCAAGGGAAACUAUCUUAGGAGCUUGGACCUGGUACAAGGCUUCCUGUCUAGGGCUAGAGGCUGACUCUUGGUAGAAAUGGGAAGAAGCAGUGGAAGAGUUAGUCCUCCUUUGGGUUUUGGGGAGAGCCAAGCCCUCGUGGGGAGGAGGGAAGGGAGAUGAUUCACCUCUUAUUUCCUAAGCAGGCUCUGUAAGAAGGCUGUUCUCACCAAUGAUUUGUAAUUUCAUGAUUAAAAAAAAAAAUUGUCUGCAAAUUAGAUAUUUUCUCCCAAACCAAUCCAGCCUUGAUUUUUAUUUUAAAUUAAAUAUUAAAAUGAUAUAUG